ACUCAGAGCCAGAUUUUUAGCCUAGCCAAUAACGUGAUGUAACAUCAGAUCAGAUCAGUUGCUCAGUCGUGUCCGACUCUUUGCGACCCCAUGAAUCGCAGCACGAUGUAACAUAACAUAGUAAUUAUAAUGUUACAUAAUUUUAAGUCCUGAAAAAUUUUAUUAACGAAAUCAAGCAGAUAAAUGAGGUUGUCUUUCGGUGUAUUUUAGAAGCGGCAAGGAAGGCCUCUCGGAGGAAACGGCCUUUGAAAAAGGACAAACGUCGAGAUCUGUUUGGAGAGAUUUCCAAAGCGGGCGCACAGCCGAGGCGAAGGGCCGGAGGCUGGCUUUGCAAGAAGGCCAUCCGUCUGGGAUGCAAAGUUUCUAAGAUUCCGAGUUUCCAAGAUUCUAGUUUCGCGGAGACUCGCAUUUCCUGAGCGCCUGCAAUCAUCUCGGAUUCGACGUGCCGCAGAGACUACCGGCUAAAUGCGCGCACACGGCUCUGCUAUUCCCGCAGCGCUGGGGCGGCUGGGCUUAACUUUCCAGGAGCGGUGGGCGGGGCCGGUCUCACCUGCGGGGCGGGGCUCCAGGCCGACCCGCCCCCCGGAGGAGCCGCCCGUGGCCGGAGACUCCGGGCGCAGCACCGGGCGGCGGGCGUGCGUGCGCAGCGCGGAGAAGCGGGACUUGGAGCCGUUCGCGGUCAGGAGCAGCCAUGUCCGUGCAGGUGGCGGCCCCAGGAGGCUUGGGGCUCGGCCCGGAGCGCCCAAGCCCCGAGGAGCUGGUGCGGCAGACGCGGCAGGUGGUGAAGGGGCUGGAGGCCCUGCGGGCAGAGCACCGGGGCCUGGCCGGGCACCUAGCGGAGGCCCUGGCGGCCCAGGGCCCGGCGGCUGGCCUGGAGCUGCUGGAAGAGAAGCAGCAGGUGGUGAGCCACUCGCUGGAGGCCAUCGAGCUGGGGCUGGGCGAGGCCCAGGUGCUGCUGGCGCUGUCGGCACACGUGGGCGCGCUGGAGGCGGAGAAGCAGCGGCUGCGAGCGCAGGCCCGGCGGCUGGCCCAGGAGAACGCGUGGCUGCGGGAGGAGCUGGAGGAGACGCAGCGGCGGCUGCGGGCCAGCGAGGAGGCCGUGGCCCAGCUGGAGGAGGAGAAGAGCCACCUGGAGUUCCUGGGGCAGCUUCGGCAGUACGACCCGCCCGCGGAGAGCCAGCAGCCCGAGUCCCCCCCUCGCCGGGACAGCCUGGGCUCCCUGUUCCCCAGUGAGGAGGAGGAGCGGAGAGGUCCCGAGGCAGCGGGGGCCGCGGCGGCCCAGCAGGGUGGCUACGAGAUCCCAGCCCGCCUCCGGACCCUGCACAACCUGGUGAUCCAGUACGCGAGCCAGGGCCGCUACGAGGUGGCCGUGCCGCUGUGCCGCCAGGCCCUGGAAGACCUGGAGCGGAGCUCGGGCCACUGCCACCCCGACGUGGCCACCAUGCUCAACAUCCUGGCGCUGGUGUACCGAGACCAGAACAAGUACAAAGAGGCCACAGACCUGCUCCAUGACGCCCUGCAGAUCCGGGAGCAGACGCUGGGCCCCGAGCACCCUGCGGUGGCCGCCACCCUCAACAACCUGGCCGUCCUCUACGGGAAGCGCGGGCGUUACCGGGAGGCGGAGCCCCUGUGCCAGCGUGCCCUGGAGAUCCGGGAGAAGGUCCUGGGCACUGACCACCCGGAUGUGGCCAAGCAGCUCAACAACCUGGCCCUGCUCUGCCAGAACCAGGGCAAGUUCGAGGAGGUGGAGCGGCACUACGCCCGGGCCCUGAGCAUUUACGAGGCCCUGGGCGGACCCCACGACCCCAACGUGGCCAAGACCAAGAACAACCUGGCCUCAGCCUACCUGAAGCAGAACAAGUACCAGCAGGCGGAAGAGCUGUACAAAGAGAUCCUCCACAGGGAGGCCCUGCCCGCCCCGCUUGGAGCCCCCAACACAGGCACCACCAGUGACGCACAGCAACAGACCCUUCGUCGGAGCAGCUCCUUCUCUAAGCUCCGGGAGUCCAUCCGGCGCGGAAGCGAGAAACUGGUCUCCCGGCUCCGAGGCGAAGGAGCGGCGGGGGCGGCCGGGAUGAAGAGGGCCAUGUCGCUCAGCAUGCUGAACACGGAUGGCUCGAGGGCGCCCGAGAACCAGUUCCCCAGGCAGCACCUGAGCGAGGCCUCGCGGACCCUCAGCGCCAGCACCCAUGACCUGGGCCCCCGCUAGAGGCAACAGGACCACGUGGCUGCAGCUUCUCAGGAGGAGCAGGAGGGGUGGGCGAGGGGAGGGAGUCCUCUCCUCUCCCUGAUGGCUCCCCUUGGCUUGGGCCUCCCUGAGCUCCGCUCGUGAGAUUAAAGGCUGUAGAUCUGG